ACAGGACACGUGCCCACUGAGCUGCUGGACAGUCUGUUGAAGGCAUGCCUGAGUGCGGAGCUCUCGACCGAUUCAGGUGCGUUUAAUAGUGGUAGUCGAUCUCUUGUUCCCCUCUUGAGACCCACCAAUCCUACAAGUGAGGUGUGCAUCAUCCUGCUCUUGCAAUACCAGUGUCAUCAUGGCCGCCUUCAAGGGUGUGUGGACUCAGGAAUUCUGGCGAGCUGUUGCAGGAGAGUUUCUUGCCAUGUUAAUAUUUGUGCUGCUUGGUCUGGGAUCCACCAUCAACUGGACGGCGAAUGAGGAGAAGCCUUCGCCCCCUGAUCUUGUCCUCAUCUCUCUCUGCUUUGGCUUGUCAAUCGCAACCCUCGUCCAGUGUUUCGGUCACAUCAGCGGUGCCCAUAUCAACCCGGCUGUUACUGUAGCAAUGCUUGCCACACGGAAGCUGAGCCUGGCAAAGGCUGUGUUUUAUCUGUUGGCACAGUGCCUGGGUGCGGUGGUGGGAGCAGCGAUCUUGUACGGGGUGACCCCAGCAGCAGUGAGAGGAGGACUGGGAGUAAAUUAUGUCAGUUCUGAAAUCUCCACUGGCCAUGCAAUUGUGAUAGAACUCAUAAUCACCUUUGAACUCGUCUUCACCGUCUUCGCCACCUGUGACACCAAACGCAGUGAUCUCAAAGGUUCGGCGGCACUGGCGAUCGGCCUAUCAGUGUGCAUUGGCCAUCUGUUCGCUAUCCCAUACACUGGAGCCAGUAUGAAUCCAGCUCGCUCUUUUGGGCCUGCGAUCAUCAUGGGAAAAUAUCAGGAUCACUGGGUGUACUGGGUGGGUCCAUUACUAGGGGGCGUUCUGGCUGCCACCACAUAUGAAUAUUUGUUUUGUCCCGACCCUGACCUCAAGCGUCGCUAUGCCGAUGUCCUCUCCAAGAGCCCUUUUCAGAUCGACCCGUAUCAGGUGGUGGACACAGAAACUUUUCCCAAUGAUCAAGCUGAUCUUAUGGUUAAGCAGGCCACAAUUGUAGUGCCGGACAUGGACAGGUCAGAGAAAAAGGAGAAAGAAUCCACUGGAGAGGUGUUAUCAUCUGUAUGACUAGCAAGAAGUACCCUGCAGAACAAUUACAGCAUUGACAGACUAAAGGAGACCGAUUUGAUUUAGAGUCACAGUGUGUGUUUGUGUACAGGCUUUUCAAAUCUGCUACAAAGUUAAACCCAGACACUUGACUUUUAAUGACUAUGAAUAAGCUAUAAAAUAAUGGUCGUAUUUCAUACGUAUCCAUAGCCAAUAGAAAUCCACUUUGAAUUUCUAAACCAAUCACUGCACAUUUCUUUAGCAGAUGCUUCCCAUAAUCCGUUCUCAGGGAGUCGGCUGCAAUAAACUGAAUGGGAUUUUCACACAGGUAAUUGUAACAGUUUUGUUUGGUCUACAGGUUAUUACCACCUGCAAAUCGGGGGUCAUGAUUAGAUCCUUACUAAAGUAAUGCAUAUCAUUUUUCUUCUCAGUGCACUAUGUAUGUAUUAACCCCUUCACUUCCUUUGUAUCUCAUGUUGUAUAGUGUUUUUAAAUUUGCUCUUUAAUGCUAUGGAUGUUAUUGUUUUGAAUGGUACUUUUACUAAUCUGUAGUAUUUUGCAGUGAA